AUGAAGAAGUACAAUGAGGGUAGCAGUGCUUUCUGCAUGUGUGAGAACAUAGAGAGACCCCUUCCCAUUUUCCAGAGGAUGUUUAUAUCACUAAAGCCAGGGAUGGAUGGCUUCAAGGCAGGGUGUAGGCCUCUUAUUGGGUUAGAUGGUUGCCAUCUAACAGGUCCAUAUCCAGGGAUCUGUCUUGUGGCAAUGGCAAGUGAUGGGAAUAACAACAUUUAUCCCCUAGCUUGGGGUGUUAGACACUUGGUCAUGGUUAUUGGACCUGUUAGCUUCAGCAUUGGGAAUAGUGGAUGGACAUGGAUACACUUUCAUGGACUGUUAGAAGCUUUCCAAAAUGUUGUACCCAAGGCUGGAAUCAGAUUCUGUUGGAGGCACAUAUGGUCAAAUUUCAAGCUGAAGUGGAAUGGUUUGGCUUACAAGGAGUUGUUGUGGAAAGCAGCAAAGGCUACAACUGUGUUAGAAUUCAAUGAGCAUAUGCAAAAAUUGAAAACCAUGUCUGAGAAAGCAUAUGAAUACAUGUCUGUUAUCCCCUCCCAUUGCUGGAAUAGGCAUGCAUUUUCUUCUACCCCUAAAUCAAAAAUGCUUUUGAAUAACACGUGUGAGAGCUUUAACAAUGUCUUAAAACAAGCAAGAGACAAACCAAUUUUAACACACGUGGAAUGGAUGAGAAGAUAUGUUAUGCAAAGAAAUUGUCAGAAAUUGUCAGAAAAGUUAGAAUUCAAUGAGCAUAUGCAAAAAUUGAAAACCAUGUCUGAGAAAGCAUAUGAAUACAUGUCUGUUAUCCCCUCCCAUUGCUGGAAUAGGCAUGCAUUUUCUUCUACCCCUAAAUCAAAAAUGCUUUUGAAUAACACGUGUGAGAGCUUUAACAAUGUCUUAAAACAAGCAAGAGACAAACCAAUUUUAACACACGUGGAAUGGAUGAGAAGAUAUGUUAUGCAAAGAAAUUGUCAGAAAAGGGAGGGAGCUCAAAAAAUGCAAUGGAGGUUCAUGCCUUAUGUUAAUAAACAAUUUGAUUGGGCUGAGAGAACUAGGAAGUACAAAAUACUGACUGGGAUUACAGAAGUGUUGUUUGAGGUUGAAAACAAUGGAGAUAGGCAUCUAGUUGAUUUGAAUGCAUGGAAAUGCAGUUGCUAUUCUUGGCAGUUGAUAGGGAUACCAUGCCAUUAUGCAUAUGCUUGUAUUUUGUACAUGAGAGGGGAUCCAGAUGAGGAUUAUGUGGAUGCAGCUUAUUCAAGGGACAAGUACCUAGCUGCCUAUACCGCUGUAUUGAUGCCUAUGCCAGGGCUUAAGCAAUGGGAAAAGACUUCUUUCCCUGAGCCACUUCCACCCCCAUUUAAGGUCAUGCCAAGCAGGCCAUCAAAGAAGAAAAGGAAGAAGGAAGUUGGAGAGGAUGCUGAGAGGGCUGCUGACCUUGCAAAGAAGGCUGCAAGAAUGGGUGGGAAGCCAUACAAGUGUUCCAAUUGCAUGCAAUAUGGACAUAACAUCAAGAGAUGCAAGAACCCAACCCUUGAAACCUCAUCUAAACCCAAGAAUAAGGGCGGGAAACCAUUCUCUGAUGACCCAUGGAUGGUGCAUAGCAGAGCAAUGAGGGUUGCAGAAGGAAAAUAG